UGGUGAACAUGUAAUUCAUAACCGGAAAACAAACUUAAAAGAGAAAGGUGGCUCUGAAGCAUAGUUAAUGAAAAAUAAUAUCCAGACUGGAAGUGAAGUAACAAACAGAAAUUUGUCCUGGGGGUGUUGAGGAGCUUGAAAUUGAUCUUAGAGAAUGGGUAGAGGAAGCUCAAAAUAUUCUGUAGUAGGAAAGGGAAGAGAAAGAACUUUCGGGGUAGAAUGGCAAUAGCUUUUACCUAGAGUAAGUGUGUGGUGUUAAUUUUUUUUUUAAAGAAUAAAAGAACAAGUUUAUGUAAUUAUCAUUGACAUUAGACUCCAUGUUGUGUAGUUGUGAAGAACUAUGAAAGAGCCAGAAAAGACAUUUAAACCACAUCUAUGAAUUGGGAAGGUGUCAGAAUCAAGAAUCAAAAUAUACUUAAAUCCAGUCAAAGGAGUAGCAGAAAAUGGUCAGGAAUAAUCAAAGAUUUUAAAUCAACUGAAAUUAAAUAAUUAUAGUGCAAUUUCAACUUGAACAUUUUUAAAGAAUACAGCCAAAAAACAUUAAAACGAUAUGUAGAAGGUGAUGCGUGGUGUUUUAGACUGAGAAAAGGAAGGAAAAUGUCCAUUUCACCUGAAAAGAUGUGUAAAAAUUGCAUCUUGGCUGCGGAAAGUUGGAAAGUUGUCAAAGAAUAAACGUCACAAUGGCUGAUGUAAUGGGAGUAGGGCCAGGAGUUUUUAUUCUGGCUAUUGUAUGGGUUUUGUCAUUGCUGAUAUGCAUGCUGCUAUCUCGUUCAGGAGGUGUGAUCAGCUGGCUUUCGAUUAUAUUGGUUUUCUUCCUUGCAUUGAUGAUCACCUUGAUCCUCAUCUUCUUUCCCCGAGCCAAAGAGACACCUGAGUCAGUGACUGAAGACGUGAUUUAUGACCGUUUCUUCAUUGGCCGCUAUUGUCUGCUGUGUAUACUGAUUGUGGCGCUCCUGACAGGCUUGAUUCUACUCUUUCCCCAUUACAUUGUGGAGCACGUGGAAGCUAAGCUCCUUCGGAACUGAGGAGUGAUCUAGAAUCCCUGUAUUUUGUAUCUGUGUGUGGCAACGACUACUUGUUAAAACGCUCUUAAAAGGUGUAUUUUAGCAUCGCCAAUUCAUCUAACAUGCACAUCUUUAGACUGUGGGAGGAAACCGGAGCACCCAGAGGAAACCCACACAGACACAGGGACAAUGUGCAAACUUCACACAGACAGUCGCCUGAGGCUGGAAUUGAACCCAUGUCCCUGGUGCUUUGAGGCAGUAGUGCUAACCAUGGUGCUGCCCCAAAGACUUCUAGCAGAUGUCAGGCUUGACCUCCUCUUAAUGAAACCAUGCUGACUUUGCCCUUUUUUACCAUACACUUCCAAGUUUUCAGAAAUCUCAUCCUUCAUAAUGGAUUCCAGGAUCUUACCCAAACCCA